AUGGCAGUGUGUCUGAACCAGGAUGUCUGCUGGACACUGGCAAUACUCUUCCUCCUGGUUAUGGUCGCCGUGUCGCCCGCCGUAGGCCAAGGGUGUCCCCAGCGAUGUGAGUGCAUCUCCAAGCUCAAGACGGUGUCCUGUAAUGAUAAAAAACUGACUGCGCUCCCUGAGGGCAUUCCUUCAGACACAAAAAUCUUGGAUCUGAGUGCUAAUAAACUUCGCUGGGUGGAACAUGGGGACCUGCUGGCCUACUUUCGCCUUGAAAAGUUGGACCUGAGACUCCGGGAGCUGACCAUUGAACGAUGUAACCUGACCUCUGUGUCCAGUCAGUCUUUGUCGUACCUGCACAAUCUGGUGACCCUUCGGCUUCGCUACCUCAGCAUUUCUGCCUUAGAAGAUCAGAACUUCCGUAAACUUGGUAAUCUGAGGGGUUUGGAAAUCGACCACUGGCCCUUUUUAGAGUACAUCUCCCCUCAUAGUUUGCAGGGUCUAAACUUGUCCUGGCUGUCUAUUACACACACCAACAUCACCUCUGUCCCCACCUCUGCCCUGCGCAGUCUGGCCCAUCUCACAAGUCUCGACCUUUCCUAUAACCCCAUCACUGUGCUGGAGUCUUGGGCCCUGCGAGACCUGGUCAGACUUAAGGAGCUGCAUUUAGUGCACACUAACCUUGUCACAGUUCAGCCAUAUGCACUGGGAGGACUCAGACAAAUCAGACUCCUUAAUUUCUCCACUAACAACCUCGUGACCCUGGAAGAGGGGGCCUUCCAGUCAGUCAACACUCUGGAGACAGUGCGAUUGGAUGGGAACCCUUUAGCCUGUGACUGCCGCUUACUGUGGAUCCUCCAGCGCAGGAAGACUCUAAACUUUGACAACGCCCCCCCGGUGUGUACAACACCUGUGGAGGUGCAAGGCAGGGGGCUCUCUGCUUUCUCAGACUCAGCUCUUUUUGAACACUUUACUUGUCAAAAGCCCAAAAUCCGUAACAGGAAACUGCAGCAGAUAAGUGCCCGCGAGGGACAGGUGGUGUCCUUCAUUUGCAGAGCAGAUGGUGAACCGACUCCUGUUAUAUUCUGGAUCUCGCCUCAGCGCCGCCGCAUCACCACGAAGAGCACAGGCCGCCUCACUGUCUUGCCAGAGGGGACUUUGGAAAUACGCUACGCUCAAGUCACAGACAGUGGCACAUAUAUCUGCAUAGCCAGUAACGCGGGAGGAAACGACACUUACUUUGCAACUCUAACAGUGAGUGGGCUGCCUCUGGAUGCCGCACUCAUGGCGAACCGUACUUACUACACUGGAGACAUGAACGACACUAAUCUAAAUGAUACAAAAGUCCUUUUAAAGUUUACCCUUGAUCUAAAAACUAUUCUUAUAUCCACUGCCAUGGGCUGCAUCAUGUUCCUAGGAGUGGUGCUGUUCUGUUUCAUUCUGCUGUUUGUGUGGAGUCGAGGCAAAGGCCAGCACAAAAACAACUUCUCUGUGGAGUAUUCUUUCAGAAAGGUGGACGGGCCGGCAGCCAGUGGAGGACAGGGCGGGGCGCGCAAGUUCAACAUGAAGAUGAUAUGA